CUGUUAAGAAAGCAGACCUUCAAAUUUCAAAGAUAUUGUUCACACACUGACAUUAACCAUCCCUCCAUCAUAUCCAUCCUAUAAAUAAAUACAACACUUUUGUUAUGUACCAGGAUAUAUAUUUAACAGAAUAAUCCUACGUUGUUAAUUUCACUCAUUAAUUAAUUAGUCAUGCUUGUUGUUUCUAAAUUGAUGAAAACUAUCAACUUAUUGUUAUGGGUCUGUGUAGUGUUGUUAAUACAACAACCCAACCCAGCUUUGGGAUCAAGAAAACUUAGUUCGGAUGGUUUGAUCAUCACGAACCCGCCGCCACUUGGAAUUUGUGCUUCUGGAGUGAUCAUAUAUGGCUAUAAGUGUCAAGAAAUUGAUGUGACAACAGAAGAUGGAUACAUAUUGAGUGUUCAAAGGAUUCCAGAGGGUAGAAAUGGAGAUGGAGGGGUAAAAAACAGGCAACCCGUGUUGUUACAACAUGGAGUUCUAGUGGAUGGCAUGACAUGGUUGCUAAAUUCUCCGGAGCAAUCUCUAGCUCUCAUAUUGGCCGAUAACGGUUUUGAUGUGUGGAUAGCCAACACUAGGGGGACCUCAUUUAGUCGGCGACACGUUUCUCUUGAUCCUGACUCACCCGAAUUUUGGGAUUGGACAUGGGAUGAAAUUGCUUCUCGUGAUCUGCCUGCUAUUAUCGCUUUCGUCUUUCAGCAAACUAGCCAAAAGAUUCACUACGUCGGACAUUCCUUGGGAACUUUGAUUGCAUUGGCAUCUUUCUCGGAGGGUAAACAAAUAGACAAGAUAAAAUCAGCUGCACUAUUAAGCCCAAUCGCGUACUUGAGUCAUAUGACCACUCCUCUUGGUGUUCUUGCGGCAAAAUACUUUGUCGGUGAGAUUACUGUUGUAUUUGGUCUUGCCGAGUUCAAUCCAAAAGGUGAUGAAGUGGGCCGGUUUCUUAAGGUCCUAUGUGCUGAUCCAAAGGUUGAUUGCUAUGACUUAAUGUCUGCUAUUACAGGUAAAAAUUGUUGCCUCAAUGCCUCAACUGUCGAUAUCUUCUUAAGGAACGAGCCUCAGUCUACCUCGACUAAGAAUUUUGUUCAUUUAGCACAAACUGUUAGAGACGGGGUUUUGGCAAAAUACGACUAUGGAACUCGUGCCUUCAAUGUGGAACACUAUGGAGUACCAAAGCCUCCAAUCUAUAACCUCUCAAACAUACCCAAUGACUUCCCUUUGUUUAUCACCUAUGGAGGCCAAGACUCCCUUUCAGACCCCAACGACGUGGCUACUUUGCUAGAUGAUCUCAAGUUGCACGAUGAAGGAAAGCUUAGUGUCCAAUAUAUCAAGGACUAUGCCCAUGCUGAUUUUAUCAUGGGCGUAACGGCUAAAGAUGUUGUUUAUGACAAAAUUAUCUCGUUCUUUCAUCGUAAUCAAUAGAAAUCGAUAUUGAAAUUAAAUGUAAUUGUGGUUCUUUUUUCCUCAACAAAAAUAAGCAAAUUUUUAGCACCCUCCAUAUAUACAUCAAUAGAUUAUCACACACACAAAUUUUAUUUUAGAUAA